UAGUGAAUUUCUCUUCAUUAUCCGCUCCGUAUUAAUCACGUUUAUUAUUAAUCACAUUUAUUAUCUAAUCCAAUUCAUUCUGUUCAGUAAACACACAGUUCAGUGUUAAAUCAUGUCUGCUCCUGAGUACUCGUCUUUUUUCGCUGUGAUGGGAGCUUCAUCAGCAAUGAUCUUCAGUGCCCUGGGCGCGGCGUACGGUACAGCUAAGAGCGGGACGGGGAUCGCGGCGAUGUCGGUGAUGCGCCCUGAGCUGAUCAUGAAGUCCAUCAUCCCCGUGGUGAUGGCUGGUAUCAUCGCCAUCUACGGCCUGGUGGUCGCCGUGCUCAUCGCCAACAACGUGACCUUCGACCUGCCGCUGCACAAGAGCUUCCUGUACCUGGGGGCGGGGCUCAGCGUGGGUCUGAGCGGAUUGGCCGCUGGGUUCGCCAUCGGGAUCGUGGGCGACGCGGGCGUGCGGGGGACGGCUCAGCAGCCGCGCCUCUUCGUGGGCAUGAUCCUGAUCCUGAUCUUCGCCGAGGUGCUGGGUCUGUACGGCCUCAUCGUCGCCCUCAUCCUCUCCACCAAGUGAUCCCCCAUAAUGCACUGCAGCGGGACGCGCGGAGGGUACGACGGGGGGAGCGGGGAUUCGGAUUCGUCUCCACAGCCUGGACGUUCGGUUCCAUAGCGGUCACGUGAUCGGCCUUUACUCAUCGGUCCAUCAGUCUGUUCUUUAUUCCCUCAACUCCCAGCAUGCACUGCUGCCCUGCUGUGGGCCUGCAUAACAUAACAUCAGUGCAUUAUUCGGUUCUCACCAUCACCCUUCUCUCUCGCCCCUCUCUCUCUCUCUCUCUCGCUCUCACCCUCUCGCACCCCUCUCUUUUGCCCUCACUCGCCCCUCUUUCUCAUCUCUCUCAUCCCUCUCUCACCCUCUCAUUUCUCUCGCUCUCACCCUCUCUCGCCCCUCUCUCAUCUCUCUCUCGCCCCUCUCACUCUCUCUCAUCUCUCUCGCCCCUCUCUCAUCUCUCUCUCGCCCCUCUCUCAUCUCUCUCUCGCCCCUCUCGCUCUCACCCUCCCGCACCCCUCUCUUUCGCCCUCUCUCGCCCCUCUUUCUCAUCCCUCUCUCACCCUCUCAUUUCUCUCGCUCUCUCACCCCUCUCUCGCCCCUCUCUCAUCUCUUUCUCUCGCCCCUCUCUCAUCUCUCUCUCACCCUCUCUCAUCUCUCUCUCGCCCCUCCCUCUCGCACCCCUCUCUUUCGCCCUCACUCGCCCCUCUUUCUCAUAUCUCUCUCAUCCCUCUCUCUCGCCCCUUUCUUAUACCCCUCUCACCCUCCCUCUCACACCCCUCUCUCAUCUCUCUCUCGCCCCUGUCAUCUCUCUCUCGCCCCUGUCAUCUUUCUCUCGCCCUCUCUCUCUCCUCUCUCGCCCCUCUGUUGUUUGAGAGUGUUUAUUUUUGUAUGUAAAUGUGUAAGUGAAAGUUUAUUUUUAUUAAUAUUUUAUGUAUAGAAUCUGACCGUCUGUAGAAACUCGUUCCAGCAGCGAGAGGAGAAAAACCCGCUCACACUCUAUUUAUUUCUCAUUCUGAUCUGUUUCUUUCUCAUCUCAGAAUAAAAACAUUUUACCACA